GGGCUUGAAUUGGGUGCCCUGGUGGAGGAGGGGGGCACACUCCAGGACCCACUCCAACCCCAGACACUGCCUGAGGCUUCCCUCCAGCUUCCCCUCCCUUUCUUUCCUCCCUUCCCUCCCUCCCUCUCUUUGCCUUCCUCCCUCCCCCCCUAGGCUGGCGUGCCAGGGGGUGGGACAUGCCAAUCACUGGUUGUGCCUCUCCUGCUGCCAGCACAGGGCGCAGCUCCCCCCGGGAGCCAGGUGUUUGGGUCCCUGGAGACGCUGCCGGCCCCCGGGAAAGCAGUAGGGCUGAGGACCCUACAGACCCCUCUCCGGUCCCAUGGUGAUGACUACCCACUAAGGAAACCCUGUAGUGUGCCUAGAGGAAGGGACUGCCCCCCCCAGCCCCGCCCGGCCACCAUGAACACCUCGGCUCCACCUGCCGUCAGCCCCAACAUCACCGUCCUGGCACCGGGAAAGGGUCCAUGGCAAGUGGCCUUCAUUGGGAUCACCACUAGCCUCCUGUCAUUGGCCACGGUGACAGGCAACCUUCUGGUGCUCAUCUCCUUCAAGGUCAACGCAGAGCUCAAGACGGUCAACAACUAUUUCCUGCUGAGCCUGGCCUGUGCCGACCUCAUCAUCGGCACCUUCUCCAUGAACCUCUACACCACCUACCUGCUCAUGGGCCACUGGGCCCUGGGCACGCUAGCCUGCGACCUCUGGCUGGCCCUGGACUACGUGGCCAGCAAUGCUUCUGUCAUGAACCUGCUGCUCAUCAGCUUUGACCGAUACUUCUCCGUGACGCGGCCCCUGAGCUACCGCGCCAAGCGCACACCCCGCCGGGCGGCCCUCAUGAUCGGCCUGGCCUGGCUGGUUUCCUUCGUCCUCUGGGCUCCAGCCAUCCUCUUCUGGCAGUACCUGGUGGGUGAGCGGACAGUGCGGGCCGGGCAGUGCUACAUCCAGUUUCUCUCCCAGCCCAUCAUCACCUUCGGCACAGCCAUGGCCGCCUUCUACCUCCCAGUCACGGUCAUGUGCACACUGUACUGGCGCAUCUACCGGGAGACCGAGAACCGGGCACGGGAGUUGGCAGCCCUGCAGGGCUCCGAGACACCAGGCAAGGGAGGAGGCAGCAGCAGCAGCUCAGAGCGGUCCCAGCCAGGGGCAGAGGGCUCGCCCGAGACCCCUCCGGGGCGCUGCUGCCGCUGCUGCCGGACCCCCCGGCUGCUGCAGGCCUACAGCUGGAAGGAGGAAGAGGAGGAGGACGAAGGCUCCAUGGAGUCCCUCACGUCCUCUGAGGGUGAGGAAACCGGCUCCGAGGUGGUGAUCAAGAUGCCCAUGGUGGACCCUGAGGCACAGGCCCCAGCUAAGCAGCCCCCCCGGAGCUCCCCGAAUACAGUCAAGAGGCCCACCAGGAAGGGGCGAGAGCGAGCUGGCAAGGGCCCGAAGCCCCGUGGGAAGGAGCAGCUGGCCAAGCGGAAGACCUUCUCACUGGUCAAGGAGAAGAAAGCAGCUCGGACCCUGAGCGCCAUCCUGCUGGCCUUCAUCCUCACCUGGGCACCGUACAACAUCAUGGUGCUGGUGUCCACCUUCUGCAAGGACUGUGUUCCUGAGACCCUGUGGGAGCUGGGUUACUGGCUGUGCUAUGUCAACAGCACCGUCAACCCCAUGUGCUAUGCACUCUGCAACAAAGCCUUCCGGGACACCUUCCGCCUGCUGCUGCUCUGCCGCUGGGACAAACGACGCUGGCGCAAGAUCCCCAAGCGCCCUGGCUCCGUGCACCGCACCCCUUCCCGCCAAUGCUGAUGGCCCCCUCGCCUGCACUCUGCCACCCCAGUCCCUGGGAGAGGCCGGUGGAGAGCGAUGGGGGCGGUGUCCUCAGCCCCAGGGCCAGCUCAGGCCUCGCUCAGCUCCCCAGGCCCCUGGGUCACCUUCCUGGACCACCCAGAGAGACCCUGCCAACUUUCCAAACUUUGCUAUUCCCAGACAGGAGGUGGAACCCAGGGAAUAGGUAUUUCUGUUCCCUGCUGGGUGGGAAUGGGCUCUCCACCAGGAAGAAGGUCCGGGAGGAGGAUCCGGGCUUUGGAUUCCUUGUUUGCGUUUAGGCAGGAAGAUCGGAGCCUGUAGGGCGGACCAGAAGAAAAAAGGUUUAAUAUUACAAUCGUCCUUGGCACAGUGGCUGGCGCAGAUUACGGUGGGAGUUGGCUCCCCCUGGAGGCCACAGUGGGGAACUGACACCAACUGCUGAGAAAGGAAAGUUCGGCUUUCCUCCCUCCCUCCCUGGGCAGGCAGAGCCUGCCCGCCAGACCCUAGGCAUACUUUCCAGGGUUGUCCAGCCUCUCUACAGUUGUCCCCAGAGCAUCCCUGUGUGGGUCAUCCUGGAUACAACAUGUCCAAGCAUCAGCAGGUCCCAAUGACACCAGAGGAGACCAGCUUGGAUAGUCACACACAGAGUUCUGGGGCAGCAACAGGACCAGGCUCCAGGCGUCCCGACCACUCUGCUAUAUCAUUUUCCUGGGAGUGAGGGGCAGGAUGCCUGCUGUCUAGCCCCACACCCAUAUCCCCUGCCCCAGGGAACCCCUCAGUCCUCCCUCCCUGGCUCACAGCCUCCACCUGGAUGGAUCUGCUCUGUACAAAUCCAGCCAGGUCUCCUGCAUGCUGCCUACUUCCUGGCCCGCCUCCCACAGGCCUGGCCCAGCCAGCAGGUUCUCUCCUCUGAGUGCCCCAAUCCCACCCAUGCAUGGCCUCCCAGCCACCCUUAUCUCCAGGCCCAGCCUGGCCCCAGAUGUUCUUUUCUUCCAUCCUCAGCAAGUGCUGAGUGUGAAUAAAGCCACAUAACCAGCGG